AGAGGCAUGUCCUUCCGCGUGGCCCAAAGCACAUACCAAAGCUUAUCUCUUUUUAAUUUUCCCUCCAGGCUGUCCGACUCUCUGACCUCACCCAGCGUUGCUUAUUCUCUACUCUUACCACCAUAAGAAUCAUGGCAGGCAAACAUCAGGACACAGUUGAUACAGCAGUGUUUGUUCCAGAUAAAGAACAGAGCAGCAGUAACACAGCUAACUCGUUCACAAUUGUAAUAAAGGUCAAGGCAGAUAAGGAGCAUAGCAGUGGGUUCACAGUUGACUCAGCUAAAAUCCUGGAUGAGAAAAGACAGAGAAAUGGGGAUGAAAAUGAGUCAGCAAAAAUCAUUAAGUCUCAUGAAGAACCAAGCAGUGGGGACACAGCUGAUGCAUUAAAGUUAUCAGAGAUCAUCAAGGCCCCUGAAGAACCAAGCAGUAGCAGUACUAACACAGCUGACUCAGAAAAGUUACCAGUUGAAAACGCCUCCUCUUCAAUGAGUACUGUACCUACCAUCAAGGACUCGGAGGAUCAGUGCAAAUACCGGAUGGACUUCCCCUGUCUGGGAGUCUGUUUGAUCAUCAACAACAAGAACUUUAAAGUACUGUCCACUAGAUUUGGCACAGAUGUGGAUGAAGCCGCUCUGAAAAAGACAUUUGAGAAUCUGGGAUAUAAAGUUAUUGUGCACAAAGACCUGACUAAGAAACAGAUGAAGCAGGAGCUGGAGAAAGUGUCUAGGGAGGACCACAGUAACAACGCAUCUUUCAUUUGUGUCAUUUUGAGCCAUGGAAAUGAAGAAGGGAUUGAGGGGACAGAUGACACGGUGAAACUUGAAAAACUCACCAAAUAUUUUAAAGGAGACGAAUGCAAGUCUCUCAUAGGGAAACCCAAACUCUUCUUUCUACAGGUAUGUCGUGGUAGUAAAUUAGAUUGUGGGGCAGCAACGGACAGCGACCUGAUCGAUGCCAGAGGGCUGCCCAUUACACAAAAGAUCCCAGUGGAGGCAGACUUCCUGUACGCCUACGCCACAGCUCCAGGACACUAUGCCUGGAGGAACGCUAAGAAUGGCUCCUGGUUCAUUCAGUCUCUGUGUGAGACCCUACUGAAAUACAAAUACCUGGAGCUGAUGCAGAUCAUGACCAGAGUCAACAGAAAAGUGGCACUUGAUUUUGUGUCAUCCAACAGUAAAAAGGAAUUGGACGGUCACAGACCAGAUGGGCUCCUAUCUGCCUCAGCCGCUGUCAUUCCACUGCUCUGUCCGAAUCUUCCCUUUCAAACAAACACCAUAAAACUAGCUCACUAUUGCAUUAAAUGACUGCCUGUAUUACUAACUAACAUCUAAUCAUUACAAACGUGAAGCUGCAAACAAUGACUUGUUGCGAAAAAUAAUUUGUGUUGAAAGUUGGCGCUGCUGUUGUCAUCUCCUGCUGCACGUGCUCACUCACUAGAAUUUUCCUCACAUGUCCGAUUCCUGCAUGGGGUUUAUCAUGGGCUUAUUCAGUGCUGUUUGACCCUGCUGUGGUCCUCAGUAUGCAUGUGCAAUCCCCUAAAACAACAAACUGGCCUCUCCAGUUGUAAAAGCACAGGUGAGAGUGUGGCCACUGGCGUUUGUAGGACAGAACAACAACACAAGUUAAUGUUCAGAACCAUGGUCGAUGCAAUCUGCUCAGUGACCACUAGGGUGUACUGAAGGACACUGACUUCAACCAUGCUUCAAACAGGCAGAAGUGAAGAGAAAACAGGAUUAUUUGGAUAUCAUACAAUUUAGUUAUACUUUUGAGACGAGAUGAUUUUUGUUUGUAUUAGACAAGCAUUGCUAGCCUUGACAACAACAACUGACAUAUACAGAUGUGGUAAUUGUGUCUGUUGCAACAAUUACAACCAAGACAAAGUCCUUCAAUCAUCCUCACACAGGGACAAAGUUUUGUAUCGGUCAAUUCUGUGCAAUCCCUCAGUCGUCCAUUGAUCCAUUGUAAAGGCCAAAAGUAAAAUCUGUCAACUGGACAAAAAGUUGUAGGAGCGAAGACGUUUUGCUGCUCAUCCAAGCCAGUUCUUACAGUCAAUUCAUUAACUGGAAAUCCACACAUGUGGUAUACAUGCUUCUAUUCCUCUGUGACUUAUGUAACACAAACAAAAAGAAAUCAUAAAACAGCCAUCAGUACAGGAAACAUACAAUAUAAUAUUAGCAGACACAACAUGGAUCAUAGGCCACCAUCCUCUACAAUGCCCAGUACAGGGCGUACAGUAUAUGAUGGAUAUAUGAGUAUAAUUGUGCCUUAAUAACUGUGCUUUAUUUGACAGUCUCUUGCUAUUUUUAUGACUUAUUUUGAAUUUAAUAUUAUCAUUUAUAGGUUUGCUCUUUGUUAUUAUAUUAUAUUGUAACGUGUGAGCUACUAUUCCCAAAAAAUGUUCUUUGUGGAUCAAUAAAGUUUGUCAAAGUC